UACAAGGGAGCAGGCAGAGAAUCGUCGGGUCACACGCCAGGUCAGCAACGUGCGGGCAGCGAGGUACUGGAGGAGAAGGCAGAGAAUGGUCAGGGUCACAAGCCGGGUUCAGUAACUAGCGGACAGCACGGUACAGAGGGUCAGGCAGAAGGAUGGUCAGGCAAGCCAAGGGUUAAGCAGGAUACAAUCAGCAGGGUCAGGUACAAUGCAGAGGUCGGCAACGGGAGUAACACAGGAUCAGGUAUCAGGAACAGAGCACAAAAGACCAAAGGGCAAUUUGACAUACCUCUA